CUGGACCCAAACACAGUAAACAGAUUCCUCUCUCUGUCUGAGGAGAACAGAAAGGUGACAUGGAGGAGAGAGGAGCAGCCGUAUCCUGAUCACCCAGAGAGAUUUGAGGACUGGCCACAGGUGUUGUGUAGAGAGGGUCUGUCUGGACGCUGUUACUGGGAGGUAGAGAGGAGUGGGAGAGUGGCUGAGAUAGGAGUGACAUAUAAAGGAAUCAACAGGAGAGGAUAUGGUGAUGACUGUUGUCUUGGAUACAAUGACAAGUCCUGGAUUCUGGACUGUGAUGAUGACCGUUACUCUGUCUGUCACAAUAAGAAGACAACUGACAUACCUGUCACCUCCUCAGACUCCCACAGAGUAGGAGUGUAUCUGGACUGGCCAGCCGGCACUCUGUCCUUCUACAGGGUCUUCUCAAACAUACUGACCCACCUGUACACAUUCAACACCACAUUCACUGAGCCCCUCUAUCCAGGGUUUAGGGUUUAUUCUUACUCCUCAGUGUCUCUGUGUCAGAUGGUCCCUGUGUCAAACACAACAUGAUGUUUCACUCUAAUCAUGGUCAUAUUCAGUAGGACACCGUAGUAAAACACUGACAAUAACUCUCUAGUAGUGAGUAAAUAUAUCAUAUGAUUGUAAAUAUUCCUGAUUAAACACCACUGAAGAUCUAAC